AUGCUCCCCUCUUCCCCGGGCGCCUCUUCUUACCGGGGACAAUGCGGACGAUCGAUCGAACCACCACCCGGUUCUUGGAUUACCGAGACCCACAAGAAUCAUCAGCUCGGGAUUAAUCAUUUCAAUCCUCCCUUUUUGUUCCUUCUCGUGGCUCUCUGCGUGCGAUCUGCAGGGCGCAAUCUUGGCUCAUCCCUUUGCUUCUGCACACGUCGCUCGAGGCCGCAGAAAGCUGCGUCCUUUACAGCAGCGAACGGCGGCGGGGCACUCUUGGAGCGGCGGAGCUCGGUGCAGCGGUCGCAGAGCAUGGUGCUGGAGGAGGACCGCGGCCCACCGGCCGACGGGGAGCAGCUCACGUCGAGCGGUGGCGGUGGCGGCGGCGCGCUCAAGAUCGGCGCCGUGCUCGACCGGGACAGCACCGAGGCGCCCAAGUCGCGGCUCGCCAAGGACGCCGGCGACCACGGCGGCGGCGGCGGCGGACCUUCCGAGAUGGAGCUGAUGAAGGAGAAGUUCGCCAAGCUGCUGCUCGGGGAAGACAUGUCGGGGUCCGGGAAGGGCGUGCCGUCGGCGCUGGCAGUGUCCAACGCCAUCACCAACCUUGCAGCUUCUGUGUUCGGCGAGCAACGGAAGCUGGAGCCGAUGGCGCCGGACAGGAAGGGGAGGUGGAAGAAAGAGGUCGGCUGGCUUCUGUCCGUCGCCGAUCACAUCGUCGAGUUCGUCGCGAAGAAACAAGUCUUGGACAACGGCACCGAGAUGGAGGUGAUGGGCACGCAGCAGCGGAGGGAUCUCCAGGCGAACAUACCGGCGCUGCGCAAAAUCGACACGAUGCUCCUGGAUUACCUGGACAACUACAAGGAUCGCAACGAGUUCUGGUACGUGAAGCGCGACUCGUGCUCCGAGAGCGACAAGGAGGAGACGCAGCGAUCUGAGGAGAAAUGGUGGAUCCCGAUCGUGAAGGUGCCCGCGGGGGGGCUCUCGCCGGCGUCCAGAGGUUGGCUCCAGCACCAGAAGGAGCUGGUGAACCAGUUGCUCAAGGCUGCCAUGGCCAUCAACGCCAACUGCCUCAUGGAGAUGGCCAUCCCGGAAAGCUACCUCGAAGCCCUCCCCAAGAACGGGAGGGCGAGCCUCGGCGACGCGCUGUACCGGAUCAUAACGGACGUGGAGUUCGACCCGGACGUGUUCCUGUCGACGGUAGACCUGACGUCGGAGCACAAGAUCCUGGACCUCAAGGACCGGAUCGAGGCGUCGGUGAUCAUCUGGAACAGGAAGGUGCACAACAAGGACGGCAAGUCGGCGUGGGGGUCAGCCGUCAGCCAGGAGAAGAGGGAGCAGUUCGAGGAGCGGGCGCAGACGCUCCUGCUCAUCAUCAAGCACCGGUACCCCGGCAUCCCCCAGUCCACCCUCGACAUCGCCAAGAUACAGGAGAACAGGGACGUCGGGUUCGCCAUCCUGGAGAGCUACUCCAGGGUGCUGGAGAGCUUGGCCUUCAACGUCAUGUCAAGGAUCGAGGACGUCCUCAGCGCCGACGACCUAGCCAGGGAGAGGGCCAAGAGAGAGGCGGCGGCGUCCCCAGCACCGGUGCCGGCGCCAGCGCUGGCGCCUGCUAUGGCUAACGACGCCGCGGAGCGCCACCAGCAGGUAGGCGAGGCGGAUGGCCCCGGCAAAAUGGCAGGUUCCCCCAACGGCAGGACGCUGCUCGACUUCAUGGACGACUGGAACGGCGAUGCCGAGAGGCCCUCGCCGACGGCGCCCGAGGCGCCCGCGCAGGAAGACGGGAGGCUGAUGAAGCUGCCCAACAUCAUGACGAACCUGAAGCAGACGUACAUGGAUAAGCUGGACCUGUUCGGAGCGCAUAGAAGCCCACCAGGUCGCCACUGAAAGGCGGCACGAGAUUUUGCAUGUACUAUACAUAGUAGUGUACAUAUAAUGAAUUUGAUCAAACUGGGCUCUCGCUCUCGUUUUUGGCUUCUGGGUUUGUAGAGUUGAGAAUCUUAUGUAACAUUCCAAGGGGUUGUGUGG